CCACCCCCACCAAUUCAACCAAACCCAUCUGUUUCAUUGCCUCUCUACGGAACAGAGACACCGACGAGAACCGUCACCCCUAUCCCUUUGACUCUCCAAAGAAAAGCAUUUAUUUUUCCCCUUUAUUUCGAAGAGCUAGCUAUCAUCAUGGUUGAGAUUGAGAAGGAAGAUCUUGGUUUGAGUCUGAGCUUGAGCUUCCCUCAGAACAACCAUUCUCUACAGCUAAAUCUCAGGCCUUCUUUGCUCCCAUCUUCUGCUGCUUCUCCUUCUGGAUUCAAUCUUCCAAAGCCCUCUUGGAAUGAGGCUGCCUUCCCUUCGUCAGAUCGAAACUCCGAAUCGUGCCGUGCAGAGACCCGAUCAUUCCUCAGAGGCAUCGACGUGAACCGGCUGCCUUCCUCAGGCGAUUGCGAAGAAGAAGCGGGCGUCUCAUCCCCUAACAGCACCAUAUCUAGCUUGAGCGGAAAGCGGAGCGAGAGGGAAGCUAACGGGGAAGAGCAUGAGAUUGAGAGAGAUUGCUCUCGAGGUGCCAGUGAUGAAGAAGACGGUGAAACAUCGAGAAAGAAGCUCAGGCUCUCCAAAGACCAGUCCGCUAUUCUUGAAGACAGCUUCAAGGAGCACAAUACUCUCAACCCAAAGCAGAAGUUAGCGUUGGCUAAGCAGCUAGGACUCCGACCUAGACAAGUUGAGGUCUGGUUCCAGAACAGAAGGGCCAGGACGAAGUUGAAGCAAACCGAGGUGGACUGCGAGUUCCUGAAGAGAUGCUGCGAGAAUCUAACGGAUGAAAACAGACGAUUGCAGAAGGAAGUUCAAGAGCUGAGAGCACUGAAACUUUCCCCACAGUUCUACAUGCAGAUGACCCCACCCACGACCCUCACCAUGUGCCCCUCAUGUGAGCGUGUCGCCGUCCCCGUUUCUUCAUCAGCCACCGUGGACCCCCGGCCCCACCACCAGGUGGUCCCCACUCACGCACGCCACCUCCCCAUCAACCCGUGGGCCACCAAGCCCGGUCCCAUCGCACGUCGGCCGUUCGAUUCACAUCACCAGCGAUCAUAAUUUACAGAGCUAAAAAAAAAAAAAAUUUUAAAAAAUAGGGUUUCAGUUGUAACAGUGUACCGAUGGGAUUCUAUGUUCAAAGUCCAGAGGUCUAAGAUAUGGUUGGUAGAAUGUGAUUCGGUGGUUCUCCAUCUUUCGUGUAUUUACUUAUUGGACCCACCUUUCUUUCUUUCUUUCCUCUUUUUGGAGUCCACGUAUUAGCUUAGUUGUUAGCACUAAUACCAUUAUCAUCUUCUUUUCCUCACCGUCUAAAAAGGUGGAGACGACGGACUUUGGAAGUUCCAAGGAA